GUUUUUUACUUUGCCCACACUGUUCAUUUUGUCUAAAGAUCCGUUACCUCUCUCUGGCAAGAACUCUGAGUUUCCGACAAAUAAUUAGGAGAUCGAAAUUCUUGUCUGACACAAAAAAAAAAAAAACCAUUCUUAUUCGAAACUUCCCUCGGAGACUUUUCUCUUUUUUUUUUUCUUCAGAUUUUUAUUUUCAGAAAUUUCGUUCUUCUUCGUCCGUCCGUGGAUCUCUCAAGUUUGGUUGAAGAUAUCAAAUGGUGGGAUAAAAAAAUAAAAGUGAAUUAGACACCGCCAAAGGAACGUUUCUUACUUUCGUCACUUUAGUUUCCGAGAGCUUUGACUUAUAAAAGCUUUUAGAUUUUCCCGGAAUAAAAAAAAAAAAAAAAAAAACCCUGAUGGAGAAAUUAUAUUGACCGGGUGUAUAGAUUUGUGAAGAAGGGUGAUUUAAAGAGAUGGGUAGGAGAAUUAAGAGGAAAGGUUUCAUAAACACUGAAGCUGCCAGAGAAUUUGUUAAUCAUCUAGUUGCUGAGAGACAUUCCUUGUUGUUGCUUGUUCCUUUGGUGUUAGCUUUCUGGGCGAUUGAGAGAUGGGUCUUUGCUUUCUCCAAUUGGGUUCCUCUUGUUGUCGCCGUUUGGGCUGCUCUUCAGUAUGGAAGUUACCAAAGGGCAAUACUUGCUGAAGAUCUUACAAAGAAGUGGAAGCAAAACGUUUUCAAUGCGUCGACGAUAACUCCUUUGGAACAUUGUCAAUGGCUUAACAAGUUGCUCUCUGAAAUUUGGCUAAACUUCAUGAACAAGAAACUUUCUCUCAGAUUUGCUUCCAUGGUAGAGAAACGACUGAGACAACGAAGGUCAAGACUAAUAGAAAAUAUACAAUUGUUGGAGUUUUCUCUUGGCUCAUGCCCUCCUUUGCUGGGACUCCAUGGAACUUGUUGGUCCAAAUCAGGGGAACAGAAAAUUAUGCGAUUAGAUUUCACUUGGGACACAACUGAUCUAAGUAUCUUGUUGCAAGCCAAGCUGUCCAAACCGUUUAAUCGAACAGCACGGAUCGUUGUCAACAGUCUUUGCAUCAAAGGCGAUAUUCUGAUCAGACCAAUUCUUGAAGGAAAAGCAUUGCUCUAUUUCUUUGUAUCGAACCCUGAAGUUAGAAUCGGAGUUGCUUUCGGUGGUGGUGGUGGCCAGUCUCUUCCCGCAACAGAGCUUCCCGGCGUCUCCUCUUGGCUGGUCAAAAUCCUAACAGAAACGUUGAACAAGAAGAUGGUAGAGCCACGCCGGGGAUGUUUCUCGUUACCUGCAACCGAACUUCACAAAACAGCCGUCGGGGGAAUAAUCUAUGUAACCGUAGUCUCUGGUAGCAAUCUUCACCGCAGUGUUCUUCGCGGAAGCCCCUCGAGAAGUUCCGAUAUUGCAGAGGGUAGCAGCGGAAACAGCAGCAACAGCAGCAGUAGCAAACCUGUUCAGACAUUUGUUGAAGUCGAACUCGAACAGCUUUCUCGACGAACCGAGAUGAAAUCAGGACCGAAUCCAGCUUAUCAAUCAACGUUUAACAUGAUUUUACACGACAACACAGGGACACUUAAGUUUAAUCUCUAUGAGAACAAUCCUGGGAGUGUAAGAUACGACAGUCUCGCUAGCUGUGAAGUUAAGAUGAAAUACGUAGGUGAUGAUUCAACAAUGGUCUGGGCCGUUGGAUCUGAUAACGGUGUGAUUGCGAAACACGCUGAGUUCUGUGGUCAAGAAAUCGAGAUGGUUGUUCCGUUUGAAGGAGUUAGCUCCGGCGAGCUGACCGUCAGGCUACUUCUAAAAGAAUGGCAUUUCUCUGAUGGCUCACAUAGCUUGAAUAGCGUUCAUUCGAGUUCUUUACACUCCCUCGACAGCUCCUCUACUCAUCUCUCCAAAACCGGCCGGAAGAUUAUUGUGACUGUUUUGUCUGGAAAGAACCUUGUUUCUAAAGAUAAGUCCGGCAAAUGUGAUGCCUCUGUGAAGUUACACUACGGAAAAAUUAUACAAAAGACGAAGAUUGUUAACGCAGCAGAGUUUGGCUGGAACCAGAAAUUUGAGUUUGAAGAGUUAGCAGGAGAAGAAUAUUUAAAGGUGAAAUGCUAUAGAGAAGAGAUGCUUGGCACGGACAACAUUGGUACAGCUACAUUGAGUCUUCAAGGGAUCAAUAACAGUGAAAUGCAUAUAUGGGUUCCGCUUGAAGACGUUAAUUCUGGAGAAAUAGAGCUUUUGAUCGAAGCUGUGGCUCCUGAGUACAGCGAAGCAGAUUCUAGUAAAGGCUUGAUUGAAUUGGUUCUUGUUGAAGCGCGAGAUCUUGUGGCUGCGGAUCUUAGAGGAACCAGUGAUCCUUAUGUUAGAGUUCAAUAUGGAGAGAAGAAACAGAGAACAAAGGUGAUAUUUAAGACAUUGCAACCGAAAUGGAACCAGACAAUGGAGUUUCCAGAUGAUGGGAGCUCCUUGGAGCUACAUGUCAAAGACCAUAACACUCUACUUCCGACAUCAAGUAUAGGUAACUGCAUCGUGGAGUACCAAGGGCUAAAGCCAAACGAGACUGCCGAUAAGUGGAUACCUCUCCAAGGAGUGACACACGGCGAGAUCCAUGUCAGAGUCACGAGGAAAGUCAAGGAGGUUCAGAGACGCGCCAGCGUGGAUUCUGGCUCCCCGUUUAACAAAGCUCUGUUGUUGUCCAACCAAAUGAAGCAGGUUAUGAUAAAGUUUCAGAAUUUGAUUGACGAUGGAGAUCUUGAAGGUCUUGCUGAAGCUUUAGGAGAGCUGGAAAGUUUGGAGGACGAACAAGAAGAGUAUUUGGUCCAGCUUCAGACAGAGCAAAUGCUGCUUAUCAACAAGAUCAAAGACCUUGGCAAAGAGAUUCUUAACUCUUCUCCGGUUCAAGCACAGAUUCAUUCCCCAUCUCGAUCAGGGUCAGGUUCGGGGACAGGAUCGUAUAGCCGGAGAUUACCCGCACCAAUGUAGUCACUUGUUUUCUCAUCAAACAAUCAUCUAUAAUGUAUAUAGAUAGAUAUCUAGUGCAUUGGAUUAAAUGUUCAGAGAGAGUUGAUCCCUUGUUACAAAGUUAGAAACAUCAAGCUGUAAGUUUCUUUUUAUUCCCAUUGUUAUUCAGUAACAAUAAAGACAGUUGUAAUUGUUUGUAAACAGUUUUUUUCUGUGUCUAGUCUGAUCAAUAAUUUACAGAAAA